AAUUGAUCAGACGCGCCUAAUGAGCCGCGCACGGCGGAUUUCACGCAACGCACUUCUAAAUUCACGGUGACUUCGUGUUUCACUCGGUCACGGAAAAGUAAAUUCAUAUCAACUGAAAAUGAACAUGCGAGAAACAAAAAUUUGUUGGAGGUUUGGUACACCAAGCGUGCAACUUCUGUUUAUCAAGGCUUUAUUAGCCGGAAUUGGCUUCCACCUCAUCAUCGGCGAACUCUCGAGUGCUACUGACGCAGAGACAGAGGUGGCAUCUUGCAGCGCCAUUUCACUUUGUUGGAUACUUUCAUCUCCCAGGAGCAUCAUUGGUCUCACUCAAGUUAAGGUUUUGCUUGAUGGUAAUGAGUUUAUGACUACACAUCAGAGUCGCCGGGCAGGUUCUUUGCAGCUAAUGCUGAAUGCUAAAUACAUGUUAUCAUAUGAAAAAGGACGCAAGAGGGACGUCUACAGCAUUUCUGCCUCCUGCCCACCAACUGUGAGGAAUGUUUUGCAGCGCACUCAAGUUAAUAGAGUUCGUCCUUCCAACAGAACAGCUGAACUUCUAAAACAAAUAUAUGAAGAUAGUCAUAUCAACGUGUGUGAAAAGGAACCUGUUUAUGUGGUAGAUGAGAAAGAUAUGGUAUUACUUGUUGGUUACACGGAGCAAUUUCCAGUAAAGUUAGAAGCUCGAACAUUUUCCACAUUGCUGCUUUCCUGGAAGGUCUCUUACUCCGCAGAUGAACACUACCUUCACAGCAUCUUACUGCUUGAUAUCAGAAACAUCCUGCUAUGGGAGAACGCAACUGACAAAACCUCCUAUGAAAUUGUGGGCCUGAUGCCAUGCCAUAAGUACAGAGUUUGUGUCUCUUUGGCUAAUUAUCCAUCCACUAUAUGUCUGAUAACUCUAACAGAUCCAGAGAAACCAACAAAUUUCAGCAUAAUUCGCUCAGAAUCAAGCAGUAUCAUAGUUUACUGGGAUGGUCCGCUCCACGGAGGUUUUUCAUGGUUUAAUUUGACUGUCCUCCUCUACAACCCCUCUUUGGAUAUUUAUGUGCCUAUGGAUCAACCCUUUGAAUACCCAGAUCACAGCAUGGAGGUCAAAGUUGGUAACCUACCUCCAUGCAGCAAGGUGCGCUUCAACCUUGAAACAAUUUGUGAUGCAGGAGAGAUAACGCACAGUGAGAAGAUCAGCUUAGAUGGCAGCACAGGUGCAUCUGAAUUAGACACCUUGAGGCAGACUUCAGUUACCAGUGGAAGCUUUACCUUACAAUGGACUGCAAAAAGUCCUCAUUCGCAAAUUAUAUAUAGAGUUUACAGUAAUAAUGUACUGAAAAGGUCAACCGAUCAGACAUUCUACACUGUGACAAACCUGACUCCUUGUUCAACAUACACGGCACGAGUGGAAGCUUUUUGCCGGACUGGUGAGAUGACUGAAAAUUCUAUUGAAGCUUGGACAGGUCCCGGUACUGUCUCACACUUGCAUUUUGAUCAGCUGCAAACAAAAGCUUCCUGGAAGACUCAGUCUGGACCAAGCGUCACCUUUCGUUUCCGGCUGUUUGAUGGCAUGCACAAUAUAGUAAAGAAUGGCUCUCGGAAGCACCCACAGCUAUAUCUUCACAAUUUAAGGCCUGGAUCUUUCUAUGAACUGGAAGUGCAAGAGACAUGUUUUAAUUUGGAGGGCCACUCCAGUUUUCUAGAAUUUCACACUGAAGAAACUGGUUCAAGUUUGUUUGAAGAUGAUCAGAAGCAUGUGUCACUUGAACCAUCAUUUUCCCUAAUGCUACCAUGGGCUUUACCAGACUACCUUCAAGAGGACUCUUCAAAAUCCAGAGAACUUUUUGAAAAAUAUACUGAAAAGCAACUGGAGAACAUAUUCAGCAGUUACAAAAAUGCAAGCAGAGUGGACAUUACCUUGGAGGACUUUACCAAAAGAGAGAACAAAACAGAGAUUAAUUUUCAAGUUCGUGUAUUUUUUGAUGAUGCAAGCUCCAUUUUAUCUGAUGUCGAAGAAUGGGAACACAUUAAAUCUUUAAACCUCCCAUAUAUUGCAGAUUUGAAAAAUGGCACUCUUUACUGGAAUGACACUGAUGAGUGUGCAUCUUUCCAGCUUAAUAAUUGUGAUGACAAUUCUCACUGCAUCAAUACGCUGGACUCGUUUGCUUGUGUCUGUCAGGAUGGAUUCUAUGGUGUCAAAGAUCCAACCAAGCCUGAUGAGAAAGAAAUUUGUGAUGGAAGUGGGAUGUAUGUUCACUGUGAACUUGACCUCAUGAAAGUUGCAGUUUCCAAAGAGUUUGUAAGGGAGAAUGUGACUGAGGAUGCCAGCCUUAUGUUGAAUGAUGGCAGCUGCCCUCUACAAGAAGCUGAGAAAUAUUUCUUUUUUAUUGUCCAGGAAAACGACACAUACUGUGGGGCCUUAAUCAAGGAAAAUGACACGCAUGUGGUGUUCGAACAUACACUCCAUGCUGAUGUUCGAGUGGGACAGAUAAUUACUCGCAGUGACCUAAUGAUGAUCUGGCGGUGCAUCUUCCCCCGAAACUAUCUUCUGCAUACAUUUAUAGGACAGGUACAGAAUGAUAGACCUGUGUCUGUGAUUGUGAUUGAGCACAACACAACUGAGAUUCUGAAGCUGUCAAUGACUCUUUACAAGCGCAGCACAUUUGACCCUGACUACUUCAACAUCGGUGAAAUAAAUUACUCGCCAUCCAGUGACCUCUUUUUUGAGGUGAAGCUCCUUUCAACACAAGAAACGCUUGCCAAAGACUUUAUCUUAGCAGUGGUUUCCUGCUGGGCCACAGAGACCAACAAUCCACAUGAUGAAAGAAAAGUGGUGUUUUUAAAUGAAAGUUGCCCACUGGAUGAAACAUUUCGAUGGUACUCAAUAAAUGGGAUACAGCAGUGGAGCAGAUUUGCUAUACAGAUGUUUUCCAUUACCCGAAAUAAGCCCAUCUACGUUCACUGCAGGACAGAAAUAUGCACGACUAAAAGAAAACAGAAAUGUACAUGGGAGUGUGUUAAACGUGAAAACAAAAGGAAAAGGGAGUCUCACAAAGGAAUGUUUCAGCAAGUAAACACCAUUCUUUCAGUGGGGCCCAUCAUUGUUCCAGAUCAAGAGCACACUACAGAUGAAUCCAAGAAAUGGAUUUCUUUUUGGGCACAGUAUGAAAAUGUGCUGGCCUUUGUUGCAAUUGUGGCGGGUAUUCUCCUUUCAAUAAUUUUAGGCAUAAUAUUAUUGAAAGCCAUUAUACGCUCAAAAGAGAGGUGACCUAUGAGAGGUGUGCUUUAUCAAAACCACCUUUCGCUCAUAAUGGACAUUUAUAAACUUUCAUAUUUGUAAGUGUUCACUGGGGUGAAUUUUCUAAGUAAAGAAAAUAUGAAACACCCCCACCCCCUACUCAAGUCUGAUCAUUUUAGAUGCUGGCUACCAUUGACUAGUAAAAUGCCAUUUACAUUAUAUAGUGUCUUUAUAUAUUCCCAUGGUAUUAUAAUAUAACUUUCCAUGUAUUGCUUAAAAUGGGAGCAAAGUAACUUGGUCAGGGUCACACAUUGUUUUAAAUUCCCAGUGGUUUAAAGCCAGGGCCUUGUCUACAAACAACACAUUUUUCUCAUGUAUAUUAGUACAAUAAAAAAUAAACGGCACAUUUGCAAAG